GAAGACACAGGUGGGAGGAGAAGAGGAGUCGGGUGAGUCAUGGGCUCUGAUGGAGGAUAUAAAACAAUGGUGCAGUUGAUAAUACAGGACAUCGCUGACAAAGAGAACAGAAGUGACAAGAGGACUCUAAGCAACUUCGACCCGUUGAAGUGAGAAGAAUAGAGAGCUCUCGGCGCGCCUCAGGUGACAGGGUGUCCCCAAUGGCGCUCCUGCGAGGCACCAUGCUGUUCGCAGCUGGGCUGCUGAUGCUUGUGUCUGCGCUGCCCGGAGAGCUGAGGGGACAGAGGAGCCCGGUGACCGUCAGCGAGUACGGGGUGAAGCUGUGCGGACGAGAGUUUAUCCGUGCUGUCAUCUUCACGUGCGGGGGGUCCCGCUGGAAGCGGCUGGAUGUAGAGCUACCUGAAGAUGAGCAGAGGGAGUCCGGCUUCCUGAGGAGAGAUAAUUUGCAGGAUUCCACUAACAGAGAAAUAAACCAGCUGAUGAUACAGACACUUUUAGGAACUAACCUGGAACAACUUCAGAAGCCUGAUUUCCACUUACAACAGCAGCAGCAGUUAUUGAAAGAUCCCUUUAUCGCCUAUGAUGAUUUCAAAGACCGCAUACCAGCAUCCGAGGGUUUUAGUGAGUACAUGCAUCAAGUCGAAGAUACAGAUCGAAAAAUUCAGCGUGAAUCUCAGAGCAGUGGUACUCGAGGUUCAAAUUUGUUCCCCUGGACAGCAUUCUCUAGGACAAGAAGAGAAAUGUCUAUUGGAGUGGCAGGCAUUUGUUGCAAAUGGGGCUGCACAAAAUCCGAAAUCAGCACCUUGUGCUAAGUGAAGAGAUUAAUGAUGUACAUCUCAUAUACCGUUUGUUUGCAUAGACUUAGUAUUAAUGUGAACUACAAGAGUAGUUCACAAACACUGACUAUACCGAUUAUUUGGUUGAUCACUCUUUGUAAUUUAACCAAAGGCCUUUUGUGGCUUUAUGUUAGAGGGGCCCUUUUUUAUUAAAAUGUUAUUUAAUUUUCUGUUUUUUAUUAACCAAUUAUUUGAUGUUGUUGAAACAUGACAGGAAUCAGGUUGGAUUUAAAAUGUGAGUUUAGAGCUCGGGAACUUUGUAAAUGUAUGACUGUAGAAUGCAAGGUUAUCAUUCUGUUAAUGUAGCGUUACAGAAAUGCUGAACAGAGCAUAGGCAAUGUUUACGUUCAGCAAUUAGAAGCAAAAA